AUGACCGAAUGUCGUCGGUCUGUCCUCUCUUGCGCCCGCUGUCGCAGGAGGAAAAUCAAAUGUGAUCGAGCCAUCCCUUGCGGUCAAUGCAUCGCCGCAAAGUCAGACUGUACUGGCUUCAGUUCCAAGGACCAAGAUCCCACCAUCCCCAGGAGCAUCGUUCAGCAUCUUGAAUCCGAAAUUGCAAAGGUCGAAGGCGAGCUCGCUCGCACUGGCCACCUGGAAGAACUCAAUGCCUCGGACAUUCUGGCAGGAAUGCCUACCAACGACGGCAUCCCCAUUGAGGAUCCCGCAUUACCCAUCAUUGAUCUCCCCAUCACCAAGCCAGAGGACACGCCCAAAUUGACGCUCAAUGUCGAUAUCAUCUCACCUCCAGCCGCGCCAAGAGACACGAUUCGAGACGAAGUCAUGAGUUGUGGAGAGUUGCAGGCCAUGAUUUUUGCCAUCCUCCCCACAGGUCCAGGAAUCACCGACCUCAUCUCGAGAGUCCGCAUGAGCCUGACGCCAUCGACCGCUAUAGCAUCAGGAUCCCCCAGAGAAGCGCGCAGAAAAUCCAUCUCACGGGCUAGCCAUGAAGUCAGUUGUACCAUGUUGAAAUCGAUCCCGACUCCCAUUCUGCGUAGUCUCAUCAAGAAAUACAUGACCAGGGUCUAUCCUAUUUACCCUGUUUUACAUGCUCCCUCACUAUGGCAGCAGCUCGAGCGAGUUAUCAAGACUCUGCAAGAUAUGCCCGACAAACAUCGUGCCGUUCCGCCGUCCUUUGAUUUUCUCAUCAUAUACCUCAUGCUCUCUAUCUCGGCUACAUUGGGCAGUGCGCGAACAGGCCACGAGGCCAAGCACAUGGUCUUCUCUGGAUCUCUAUUCGAGGAAGGUAUUCAACAUCUGUCCGACAAGGCCAAAAUUCCCUCCGACCUCGCCGGCAUCCAAGUCACGCUCAUGGUCCUUCAGUACGCGUCUAUCAACCCGCGCCUUGCCAACGUCUGGAUGUUGACUGGGGCUGCCAUGCGCGCAUGCUUAGAACUCGGCCUUCACCGCGAAGCACCAGAAGCUCUAAACUUCGACCCGCUGACUCUCGAUCUUCGACGCCGCCUCUUCUGGUCAGCCUAUAAUUUCGAUCGUGCCAUCUGUUCGGCACUACAGCGACCCCUCUCAAUUCCGGACCAAACCAUCGACGCUCAUUUCCCUACCAUCCUCGAUGACAGGCAUAUCCACCCCACAGGUAUCGACCCAACAGGGGCUGAAACCAAAAUCCACAUGUUACGAUGGGUCCACUUCCGUCGCCUGCAGAGCGCGAUGACUGAAGUGCAUUUCCAGGGGAAGCCGCUCGAUCCAGGUCAGUCAUGGGAAGACUGGCUUGCCUCGAUGGAGAGACGUCUCCAGGCGUGGUACGAAGACUACAACGACGGCCACGAGCUGACAGAAUUCACGCUUGCACAUGGCUUGACCAAUCUGCACCGCCCGUCGCCCCGAGUGCCUUUGCCCGGGCCCAGGAGUCUAAUGGUGGCGUUCGAAGCUGCUUGCUCCAGCGCCAAAUGCCUGCGUGACCACAUCCUGACAGGCUUCUAUCGACGCUCAUGGCUGAUUGCCCAUCACGUGCUUGAAAACAGUAUGGUCGUUCUCUUCUGCCUUCGCCACGGCUUUGACGCCAUCUCCUCACGGUUCAAUGCGCAGCAAAUCUUCGAAAUGACAAAGGUCUUCACCGCGAACUUCCUCGCUUUGGCCGCCCAGGGAUGGAACGAGGUGUCGAACUACGCGGGGGUUUAUGAACGCCUUUUAGGGCCGCUAUUGGAAUCCGUGUUUUCGAAUCGUCCGCCUUCGCUAUCCUCCUUUGGUCCGGCGCAAGAUGCAGAACUCACGCGUCUCCUCUACCCUGGGCCCGCCCAGUUGGACAAACUCCGCUUCGGUAGUCGUUCGGGCUUUGAGGGCGACGGGUUACCGAGUUUUGAUGUCGGCACGUUGAACUGGGAGGAAUUUAGCGUGAGCGACACCAGGUCGGCGAGUGCGGAGGGAUUCGUGGCAGGAUGGGAUUUGUUUGAUCCCAGUGCCGUGGGAAGUGGAGGGCAUGAUUUGGUCUUUGGUAUGGCUUAG